GCCGAUCAACCGAUAUCAAUCUUGCGAAGUAGUUACCAAGAUGAAGAUUCCAGCUAUACUUGCGACAUCCCUUCUUGUCUGGGGUCUUGCUAGCGCUAGCGAGAUCAUCGGAUCGAAAGCAAGCACGACAGCGUCCGCGCAAGCGGAUGCAUUGGCAAUUAGUCACGACAAAUUAGCUACCGCGCAAGCAUCUGCUCAGGCAUCUGCUCAAGCAUCUGCCAGAACAUCAACCGUCAACAAAGGAGGAUGGGGCUAUCGUCUUUACCGAGGGAACACUAAGAGUGAGGUGAGAGACGCUGCUAAGAUUGCAAUCGAAGGAGCAACAAUCGGCACUGGAAUCGGUAAUACUGCGUCCGCUUCGGCGGAGGCACUCUCAAGAGGACUCGGCAUUGGACAAGCAGCCGCCGAGGCGCAAGCCGCUGCGGCCGGUCAAACGGCCGUUGCCGCUAAAUCAUGUGAAUUAGCUAAUAAAAGUACCGCUAAGGCCGCUGCCUUAGUUGAGGCAGCAGCAAAAGCUGAGGUCGACGUGGCCAACAAAGCAACCAAAGUCGUUAAAUUGUCGGCUUUAGCCGCCAAAGCUGCAAAAAUAGUUGAGGAAGAUGUCGCCAAUAUGAGAAUAGCCGCCGGUAGAUUAGAUUUAGCUGCAAGAAAUGCUGCUGCUGCCCAAAGACACGCCAGCGAGGAAUCUGAAGCAGCUAACGAACGUGCACAAGCUGCUGCAGCCGCUGCCGCUGAGGCCGAAGCUAAAGCGAACGCCGCUAGAGUAGCAGCCGCUGCUGCUUCGGAGAUUGCCGAUACUGCAGUUGCCAUUGAGUAUAAAGCAACUGUUUCAACGAGUAAAGCCCAGGAGACACGCGCCAAUGCUGAGGCCGCUAUCGGACAAGCAAUGAACGCACGAGUUAUUGCAUCUGCCGAAUCAGAAGCCAGCGCUGCUCUUGAGAAUAGUGCAAGCGUAGCGCGUGCCAGUGCUGCUGGUGCCGCCGAAACAAAAGCUAUAGCUACAAAUGCUGGUGCUACUGCCGAGAUUGCAUCUUAUAGCUGGGCUAAGAAAGGUGAACUUACUGACGCCGGUCCAUUACCGAAGAUCGUAAGCGUUACUGCAGAUUUGACGAAGAAUGAAGUUGAGGCCAUUAAGAUCAAUCGAGAUCACGAAAUCCACAAAGGAAUAAUCCACAAAGGAAUAAUCCACAAAGGAAUAAUCCACAAGAAAGGAAGGAAAGGAGGUAUCGUAAGAUCGGAGACAUCCAGCAGCGCUAGCGCUAGUGCUAGUGCUGGAGCCGGUAGCAUCGAUGAUGGUAAACUAGGAAAAGAAAUAACCAUGGCGAGCGCUUUAUCUAAUGCGGGGGCAGAAAAAGAGGUGAUAAAGGCAUGGUGAAUAACAACACGGCAACGGAUGUCGUUUAGCAAUCCUACAUUUUAUGUGUAGAAUAUAAACGAUUUUUUUAAGUAACACAUAUUAGUAGAAUAGCGAGACAGGCUUAUAUACAUAAUUGAAAAAAAUUACAAAAAAACGAUUAUGUCAUACAAAAUUGUAAGAAAGAAAUUAAAUUGUUGUAGCAGCUAUAUUAA